UUUUUUGGACUUUCAAGUGGGUAUGCAGGAAUGUGUGUUGUGUUUAAGUGCAUUGAGGGACCUCUGCCACUGCUCACAAACCCAUCGUCAGCACUCGGCUUGGCUGCAGACAGUUAUUACGACGAGUUAUUGAUCUUCUCACAGCUUGCAUUUAACAUGAUCGUUCAGAGGUCUGACCAUUCACACUAGUCCUAUUGCCUUCCUCCAACAGUAACUUAUUGGGUAGGGCUAGCACUGCGUGUGGGUGGGGGUUCAACUCUCUUUGGGGAUUGUGGUUUGAAAAACCUGACCGUUUUUUUUAAUCGACAGAAAUCUACGUGUUGAGGAGUUUGCCGUUAUUACUGCUAAGGCAACAGCACUGCAGACUCUGUGUUGCAUACUUUGUGUUGGGGACCGUCCGUUGCAGACCGUCUGUUGCGGACUGUCUGUUGCACACUCUGAUUGCAGACUGUCGGUGCUCAUCACCAGCUCCGUGCACUGGUCCUCCUGUCAUAGGACCAUCACUCUGACAUUCGCCGUCCACGGUCAUUGUACCAAGGUUACCCAAGUGAUGUAAUUCAGCAGGCAGUAACAGCGACAACAGAGUGUUGUGAUGGUUAAUCACGGAUCCCCUCUUCAUUAUGUCACCAUGACAACAGCCGCGGACGGGGGAGCGUGCGGAGAGUAGACAGGUGUUGGGGUUUGCGCAUCGCGAGUGAGAUCGUCGGCAGGAUGGGAGCCGCGGGAACACCUACGCAAUCCCACCUCAGAGGCUCAAGUGCUCGGCAUCCUUUCUUUUUUUAAUACGGAAUAUCUCGUGUCCGGUUAACCGAUCAACCGCCACAAUGGUGCACCAUUCGGGGUCGAUUCAGUCCUUUAAGCAGCAAAAAGGCAUGCACAACAGCAUCAGUGAGAUCCUGAAGGAGAAGACCCUGAAGCCCACCCGCCGCAGCCUGCCCUGCCUGGCGCCCAGCCAGACCCACCCCCUCAACCUCAACCACUUCCUGUCCGUCCCCCUCAGCCCCAGCGAGGCCAAACCCGAGGCCCCGCGCAUCACCCACAGCAUCAGCACCUCCUGCAGCCUGCUGCCCCCGCAGCCCGCUGAGGAGAGCAAAGACCGCGAUGUGGAGGAGUCCGAGUCCCGGGCCUACGAGCCCCCCGCCAACCAGUCCUUCCUGGUCCAGAAACACGUGACCCGGGCCCGACUGGAGGCGCGGUCAGACUCUGUUCAGGGGAAGAAUCGACCCAAGUCGUCAGGGCUGCUCCUGCGAGACGGUAAGAAGAGGAUCGAUUACAUCCUGGUGUACAAGAAGUCCAGCCUGCAGGUGGAGAAGAGGUGCACCUUCGAGAAGAACCUGCGGGCGGAGGGCAUGGUGCUGGAGAAGGAGCCCUCUCUGACCAACAACGACAUCAUGUUUGUGAAGAUCCACGCCCCCUGGGACACGCUCUGCAAGUACGCAGAGCAGAUGAACAUACGAAUGCCCUUCAGGAAAAAGUGCUUUUUCACUGACUGGAAGAGCAAAAACAUUCGCAGCCGCUUCCAGCUGCGCUGCGCCCAGAUAAAGAGCUGGCUGCCCAGGAACCCCAUGAAGCUGGACAAGGCCGCGCUGCCCGACCUCCAGGACACAGACUGCUACACCGCGCCCUUCACCAGGGCCCGCAUGCACCACUUCACCAUCAACAGCAGACAGUCGUUCUUCUCAAACUCGACCAGAAGCAGAAUCGUCCACCAUGUUCUCCAGCGCACCAAGUACGAGGACGGCAAGUCCAAGAUGGGUAUCAAUCGGUUGCUGGGCAACGGCACAUACGAGGCCGCCUUCCCGCCCCACGAGGGCGGGUACAAGAGCAGGCACCCCAUAAAGACCCAUGGGGCCCAGAACCACAGACACCUCCUGUAUGAGAGGUGGGCUCGCUGGGGCAUCUGGUACAAGUACCAACCCCUGGACCUCAUCAGGCGGUACUUUGGGGAGAAGAUCGGUCUGUACUUCGCCUGGCUGGGCUGGUACACGGGCAUGCUGAUCCCUGCUGCUCUGGUGGGCCUGUUCGUGUUCCUCUAUGGCCUGUUCACCAUGGACUCCAGCCAAGUCAGCAAAGAGAUCUGCGACGCCAACACCACCAUCAUGUGUCCCAUGUGUGAGGAGUGCGAACCCUGGACACUCAGCGACAGUUGUGUGUACGCAAAGGUGACCCAUCUGUUUGACAAUGGGGGCACUGUGUUUUUUGCCAUCUUCAUGGCUAUAUGGGCUACAGUCUUCCUAGAGUUCUGGAAGAGGAGGAGGGCGGAGCUCACGUACGACUGGGAUCUGAUUGACUGGGAGGAGGAGGAGGAUGAGCUGAGGCCACAGUUUGAGGCAAAGUACUCCAGGGUGGAGAGAGUGAACCCCAUCUCCGGCAAACCCGAGCCCUUCCAGCCCCUCACGGACAAACUCAGCCGGCUCAUGGUGUCUGUAUCGGGGAUCUUCUUCAUGAUCUCCCUGGUGUUGACGGCGGUGUUUGCCGUGGUGGUGUUCCGGCUCAUCGCCAUGGAGAAGUUCGCCUCCUUCGACUGGGAGUUUGUGAAGAAGAACUGGCAGUUUGCCACCUCUGGCACUGGGGUCUGCAUCAACUUUGUGAUCAUCAUGUCUCUCAACGUGGUAUAUGAAAAGGUGGCUUACCUGCUCACCAACCUAGAACACCCGCGCACAGAGUCCGAGUGGGAGAACAGCUUCGCCCUCAAGAUGUUCCUGUUCCAGUUCGUCAACCUGAACAGCUCAACGUUCUACAUCGCCUUCUUCCUCGGGAGGUGUGUGUGGUGUGUCCCUGCCGCUAGGGCAUGUCAAGGUGGUGGUGAGGGGGGUGGUGGCGGGCACGUGGAGGUAUCUGCAGUGCUCAAGUGCUGCAAGCCUUAUGCUGGCUCUCUUCUCCCUGUUGUUGUGUGCAGUCUGCUGCAGAACUGGUGGUCACGCAGGAAGAUGAAGCAGGAGGAGGGGGGGGGCCCGAACGCAGAGACCACGGCCACGCUCCCGCAGUGGGACAAGGACUGGAACCUGCAGCCCAUGAACGCCCACGGACUGGUGGACGAGUAUCUGGAGAUGGUGCUUCAGUUCGGCUUCACCACUAUCUUCGUGGCAGCGUUCCCGCUGGCCCCUCUGCUGGCACUGCUCAACAACAUCAUCGAGAUCCGUCUGGACGCCUACAAGUUCGUGACCCAGUGGAGGCGGCCCAUGCCCGCCCGGGCCACCGACAUAGGUAUCUGGCACGGGAUCCUGGAGGGCAUCGGGGUGCUGGCGGUCAUCACCAACGCCUUCGUCAUCGCCAUCACCUCCGACUACAUCCCCCGCUUUGUCUACGCCUUCAAAUAUGGGCCCUGCGUGGACAAGGGAUACCGCAACGAGAAGUGUUUGCGAGGCUACAUGAACAGCAGCCUGUCGGUGUUUGAAAUGGGCGAGGCUUACAACGGCAGCCAGGGGCAGACCCGCUUCUGCCGUUACCGUGACUACCGGGCCCCCCCCUGGAGCCCCGCGCCCUACGACUUCACCCUGCAGUUCUGGCACGUGCUGGCGGCCCGCCUGGCCUUCAUCAUCGUCUUCGAGCACUUGGUGUACGGCAUCAAGUCGUUCAUCGCAUAUCUGAUCCCAGACAUGCCCAAGGGCCUGUGUGAGCGCAUGCGGAGGGAGAAGUACCUGAUGCAGGAGCUGAUGUACGAGGCCGAGCUCACGCACCUGCACAAGGAGAAGAAGAAGAACGGCAAGCGCUACCACCACGAGUGGCCUUAGACCCAGAGACGAGCGCACACACACACAAACAUACCGACAUACACACAACGCACUCUGAUUCACACACACAACGCACUCUGAUUCACACACACAAACUUGGGACAUGCACACAUGUAAACUUACAUGAGCACACAUGCACAAACGCAUGCACACACGCAGACAAACACACACAAACGCGUAUACAAAGACAUAUGUGCGCACACAUUAACCCGCCCACACACAAGCACACAUAUGAACACACACUUGCAUACAUAAAGAUAUGUGCACACAACCCUUCACACCCAUGUACACACACACUCCCGCACACUGAAGGACGCCGCCCCCGGGCCCACAGGCCCGUCCCACCCUGUCUGCUCAGUGAAGUGUGUUGGCUUCCAGAGUUUGGAUCCAUGCAGCUGGCUCUGCACACCAAAGACACCGAGCCGCCAUUCCUCCUGAGGAGUCUGGCCCGACCCCCGGCCCCCAACCCCCGGCCCACCCUGGUCACUGUGCCCUCUUCUCCGGCCCUGGUUCAUACUUGUUUGUGUUGCUUCGGCACUCAGCCAACCCCCCCCCCCCCUCCUGGGUAGAUUGUCCUGGGCCCUGGGCUGGACAGAGAUGGAUUCCCUUGGGUAUGGAGGUUGUUAUGUUUACUAUGCAGAUGAAGGGCUCCAGGGCGCCCCCCUCUACACCUCCGGACCCCCCCCCCCCCCCUUAUCAUGGGGCCACCGCAGCUUCCUGCUUCGCAGCGCCACUGUGCUCCCCCCCGGCCCACCAACGCAUGGCUGUGUCCGUCCCCGUGGACCCCCCCACGGACCCCCACCUGAGCUACCGUGGCACUUAGUGAACUUGUUUUCAAUAUUUUCUGUGGGGAAAAAAAGUGAUUCUGGUGACGUGUCGACCAAACGUAUUGGACAAUGUUAUGCAAAGUGACUUGUUAGUUUUGCCCUUGAAGCAUGCUGAUCAAUAUUUGCAUCAGUCAAUUCAUAUUAACAGCUGGUGGGGGGCGGGGCUAUAACAUCCAUAACCAUUGAAGUUGUGAACACUCGUACUGUCGAGAGAGACCUUUCCUCCUUUCCUCUCGUAUAACGUGCAUGGGAAUAUCUGUUUCUUUCUGUCGUCUUUUGAUAGACCAACACUCCCUCCCCGCCUGUCUUGAUGCCUGGUUUGUACUCAGUGUGAGCUGUUUCUUAGACUCAGGCCUACCUGAAACCUACUUCUUCUUUUUCGCCGGACCUCUCUGGUGCAGGGGGACGGCUGUAACUCAAUGUGAUGGUUUGAUUGUGCCUAAGGUGUCGCACACUGCAACCCCGUGUCAGCAGCGUCACGUGUGCCUGUUUGUGCUUUUUUAUUAAGUGCAAUAACCCCCCAGUUCCGCUCCCUCCCGCCGCAUACGGCUGUGACCAGGGACAGUGUGUCAUGUAACAACACAAACCGUUCUCCACACUAGUCCAGUACUAGCAGUGCUCCACUGCUGCCGCAGUUUCUCAGCUGGAGGCCGUAAGAAGCAUAGUCUCGUCCCUUUGGGAUAAACAACGGGAUCUUUAACAUUCAAGGCAGCCAUUCAUGGCUCUUCUGUUUCCGAGCUCAGAAUCUGUUCUUCAUUUCCUUCACUGCAUCCCCCGCCCAGCGAAUGUGGUUGGAAGUCAAGGGAUCAGACAUACCUGUGGUCGGCAGGACCCUCUCUUUUCAGAUUGUAAAAUAACAUCGAGUCAUUCACAGUAAAUCCCUUUCAUGCUAUUUUAUUUGAUGAUGGCGAGCGAAUGGCGGUGUCCUGCGAGGACAAUGGCUUCAUUUGGACAGUAAUCUGUUUAAUACGCACUGGAAUGCUCUGAAUUAUUAUUGUAAUGUCAGCAUGUUGGGCCCAAGGAACACUCAGGAAAUGUAAAGCAGGCAGCGUGGGAGAUCCACCAAGGCUGAUUAUCAAAGCCACUAUUCUUUGCCGCGAUUGAAAUUAAUAUGACAAUUAUAGCACUGCCUUUAUCUUUUGUUGUCAGGUCUUUACAUUUGGGGUAGAUUAAAAAGAUAUUUAAUUUAAUUAAUUUCAAUGGAAGUGACCGUAAAGAGAAAGUAAUUUCAUAUGUUAAAGUUACAGGCAUUUUACUUAGUUCCUAUGACUUCAAAUUUGGUUUCCUUAUCAUAUGAUGUCAUCCCGUCAUUUAUUUAAAUGUGAUCAUUAGCCCAUUAUGUCUUGUUGUCCUUCUUUUGGUGUACAUAUUCUUCAUGAACACCAUGGUUUCCUAUGGAUGGCUUGAGUGUAGCCAUUGUGCAUGGUCCUCUCUCCCAGCCUCAUGGUACCUUGCCAUCCUUCAGGGGUUUAGAACCAUGAAAUGCAUCUGCAUGAAUAAUCCACAGCUUUAUUGAUAAAAACUCACUGACAAAUGGUUGUUACUUAUUCAAAUGAUGUUUACUACUUCCAAUUCAAAUCACACUUCAUACAUUGUCAACUAUAUAAUAAUCAUCAUGUACGAUCAAAUCUAACGACACAUAGCCUCACAGGCGCAACGACAUCCCCCUGGUCCUCUGAGGCGGGACCGCAUCACAAACAUACACUUCCUGGGUUAUAUUUGCCAUUUGUGAUUUCUUACACAUUCUGCCCACACUUCAGAAGGAAGGAAAUGAAGGACAGGUUGUGAGCCAAGCCCGGCGUCAACUGUAUGUUCCUGUCACAUGUUUGUGACUUUCGAAAAUCUAUGCAUGUUGUAAUAAAUGAAUCGCUGCAGUCAUGAGAUAUUUCAGAUGCCUUUUUAGAUUUCAGAGAACAAGUGCAAAUGUCCUCCUACCUUCGUCCCACGUUUCGUAUGCAUGGCUUGUGUCUGAUUUGAACUUGUGAAAAUGAUUUGAUCUUCGAUCUUCUGUUGAUCUUUAGGACCACUUAUGUAGAAACUUUUCAUUUGUUGUUAAUGCUCGGAAGUCUCUUUUUAAUAGAGAAUCCUCAAACCCAAGGCUGCUGGCUUUAUAUUUGAGAGGUCACUUUAAAUGGUUCAUAACACUUGUCUUCCAGUGCAAACAAAAUUUUAAAUAAAAUAGAAAUAUAUUAUCUUUUGCGAAGGGGUUACAAUAUGUAAGGAAUAUAGAUAUAUUCUGAAGACUGUGAGGUUGGCUCUCGCUCUCUCCUCUGUAAUACUUUGAUCUGUUACUGGCUUUGUGCUCAAUGCACCAGCUCACCCUUUUCAAGAAGCAUAUGGAAGCAAUGAAAGGGUAUUGUUACACUCCCUCCAGCAUUGGCAAUAGCAGAAUCAGAGAAUGGUAUUCAAAGUAAUAUAAGCGUGGACUUGCACAUAAUCGUCUUGGCAAAGACUGGACAUUUAUGUUCUUUAACUCUAUUUCUGCAAUUGAAGUAAGAAUGUAGGAUUGUUGUUGAGAAGGUAGAAUAGUUAUUCGAAAAAACUACAUCAUGAUCAUGACCAUAAAUAAUUCUGUUGUAUAAUACGAUGUUGUUAUACAGUAACAGUUGUGAGAUGGCAUGUAUCAAUAACAUUGUUAACUAUGUUACUGUUUACAUGUAAAAAAUGAAUAAAUAAAAUACAUAUUGAAACAGAAACUGUAUGAAACGGAUGUAAUAAAGUUGUUUGAAUAUUA